GAUUUUGCUUUAGAAUGUAAAAAUUGGAUUAAAUCUGAAGGCAAUACAACUACUCCAACAUCUAAAUGGUUACAUAAACUUGGAUAUUAUUAUAAGCCAAUUAUAAAAGGAAUUUAUUGGGAUGGACAUGAAAGAUUUGAAAUUGUAGAAGAUAGGAAACAAUUUGCUGGU